UGGCCUCAAGCCCCGCCCCCGGCGCCCCCCCCCCGGCGGCCCCCGGGCUGUGCAGGGCGAGCGGCUGCGGCGGAGCAGUGCAGGGAGCGGGGAGCGCGAUGGGCCGGAAGGAGCCGGACGAGGCUUACGGUUAGACCAGUUCAGCCAGAGAGGAAGAGGGGGCCACGGGAGCCCGACUGGGCAACCGAUCCCCAGCUGACUGUGGGAGUCGAAAGAAAGUGAGCUGAGCUCCUGCAGCGAGUCGCUGGCAUGGCGGGAGACGAAGAGAAUUAUUAUGGCAAACACGGGACGCCACAGAAAUAUGACCCAACAUUCAAAGGUCCCAUUCAUGACAGGAGCUGCACUGACAUCAUCUGCUGUAUCCUCCUCGUCGUCGCCAUUGUUGGCUAUGUCAUUGUGGGAAUCGUAGCAUGGACACACGGUGACCCCAGGAAGGUGAUUUACCCCACAGACAGUCGCGGGCAGUUCUGUGGCCAGCUGGGAACUCCCAAUGAGAACAAGCCUUUCCUGUUUUACUUCAACAUCAUCAAGUGCGCCAGCCCCUUGGUGCUGCUGGAGUUCCACUGUCCGACCAAACAGAUCUGUGUGAAUAAGUGCCCAGACCAGUAUCUCACGUACCAGAAUGCCAGGAGACAAACCAAAGACUUUGAGUACUACAAGCAGUUCUGCGUCCCAGGGUUUAACAAUCCGCAGAAGAGCCUCCCAAAAGUGCUGCAGGAUGGAGACUGUCCGUCCAUGAUCACUCCCAGCAAACCCUUGGCGCACAGGUGUUUACCAGCAAUCAACACCAAGAAAGGGGUCAUCAUGGUUGGGAAUGACACAACCUUUGAAGAUGGAAUGGGAAAACGAAGGAACGUGACAGAGCUGGUGGAGGGGGCCAAAAAAGCAAAUGUGGUUCUGGAAGCAAGACAACUGGCCAUGAAGAUCUUUGAAGAUUACACAGUUUCCUGGUACUGGAUAAUAAUAGGUCUCGUGAUUGCCAUGGUGUUCAGCUUAAUCUUCGUUGUCCUGCUUCGCUUCCUUGCUGGGAUCAUGAUCUGGGUGAUGAUUGUGCUGGUAAUCUUGGUGCUGGGAUACGGAAUCAUCCACUGUUACAUGGAAUAUGCCCGACUAAAAGGAGAAGACGGCUCUGAUGUUUCCCUGAAGGACCUGGGAUUCCAGACGGAUCUUCGUGUCUAUCUCCACCUGAGGCAAACGUGGUUGGCCUUCAUGAUUAUCUUGUGCAUCAUGGAGGUGAUCAUCAUCCUGUUACUCAUCUUCCUCCGCAAGAGGAUCCUCAUUGCCAUUGCGCUCAUCAAGGAAGCCAGCAGGGCUAUUGGUUAUAUCAUGACGUCGCUGGUGUUUCCUCUGUGCACCUUCUUCCUGGUGUGUCUCUGCAUUGCUUACUGGGCCAGCACCGCUGUUUUCUUAUCUACUUCUAAUGAGGCUGUCUACAAGGUGUUUAACGAAACGUCUGAAUGUGAUUAUGCUGGGCAGACCUGCAUACCAGAGACAUUCAAUAUGACCAACAUCACCAAAGAGUGCCCAGAUGCCCGCUGCCUCUUCGCAUUCUAUGGGGGCGUGACGGCCUACCACAAAUACCUCAUCGUCUUCCAGAUCUAUAAUGCCUUUAUGUUCUUCUGGCUGGCCAACUUUGUGAUUGCGCUGGGCCAGGUCACGCUAGCCGGAGCCUUUGCUUCCUACUAUUGGGCCUUCAAGAAACCUGAUGACAUGCCGGCUUUCCCCCUCUUCUCUUCCUUCGGCCGGGCACUCAGGUAUCACACUGGCUCGAUGGCCUUUGGGUCUCUGAUUCUUGCCAUUGUCCAGAUCAUCAGGGUCCUUCUGGAGUACCUGGAUCACAGGCUGAAAGCUGCUGAGAAUAAGUUUGCCAAGUUCCUGCUGACCUGUCUCAAAUGCUGCUUCUGGUGCCUGGAAAAAUUUAUCAAGUUCCUGAACAGGAACGCAUACAUCAUGAUUGCCAUCUAUGGCACCAACUUCUGCACUUCAGCCAAGAAUGCAUUUUUCCUGCUCAUGAGGAACAUUAUCAGGGUGACUGUUUUAGAUAAAGUCACAGAUUUUCUGCUCUUCCUUGGUAAACUCCUCAUCGUGGGAAGUGUUGGAAUCCUCGCCUUUUUCUUCUUCACUCAGCGGAUAGACGUGGUUCGGGACACUGCACCUCCUCUCAAUUACUAUUGGGUCCCUAUCCUGACUGUGAUCAUGGGCUCCUAUCUCAUCGCACAUGGAUUCUUCAGCGUCUAUGCCAUGUGUGUGGACACCCUCUUCCUCUGCUUCUGUGAAGACCUGGAGAGGAAUGAUGGAUCUCCUGAGCGACCUUACUACAUGUCCCCAGAGCUGAGUGAAAUCCUGCUGAAGGGGAGCCUAGAAUCAUCCAAAAGUGCUGAUAGCCAAGGAUAGGGCCCAACUUUCUGAGCAGGAUGGGCUAGCACAUUGGAAGACCUGGAACGUAAUGAUGGUUCAUCUGAAAAGCCUUACUUCAUGUCGUCUGACCUGAAAAAACUUCUGAACAAGACAAACAGAGGUCACCUGAAUGCAUAGCAGCCUCCUCUUUCCUCACUGCUCUCUUCACUUCUAUUUGUCCCUUCCCAGUUUUCAUUUCAGGAGCAAAGCUGCAUGGAUAACAUACAGCAUUAAGUGCUAUUAGUCCAAUAUGCAAACCUUGUUAGUACUUUGUGAACUGCAGUAUCCUUUACUCAAAUUAAGAUGGACGGCUUUGGCUGUCAGCCUCUGCAUUGGCCACAAGCUUGUCCACAGCAGUGGAAAUUGUUUCUGGAGAGCAUUUUGCUGGAUUUUCCUUCCUCAGAUAGAGAGAAGGGAUUAGUGUCAAUAGUUCUACAUAAGAUUGUUAGGCAUUGCUAAGUAAAAACCGAGCCCACUGCCCUAGUGGACAGGUAUGCACUACUGCAGAACCCAGCACUACUGGGACUCUGUUGGUCUCAGGAGAGAGAUGAAGAAAUAAUUGGUCAGUUUACAGCUGAGGCCCACUGAUGUAAGGUUAACUUGCCCUGCCUUUGUCCAUCUCCAUCUAUGCCAGAGACUGAAUUCAGUCUACAGGUGUGAAGCCAGCACCAAUCACAGAUUCACAGACACCAAAGGAAUUUUAAAAUAAAACUACUAAAUCUGUCACACCAGUAAAGCUAUAUCAUUACCUCCUCCAUUAACUUGCUAGAACAUCACUAACAUACUUGACUGCACUCAGAUACUACCAUGUUGGACACAUUAAAUACCUUAAUUGAUUGAGGAAUGCACCUACUAAUGCCUUGUCUUCAUGGAUGAUGGCAGGGACA